AUCCUAGAUUUUGUUCGAUUUUGUAUUUUGUUUUUGUUCGAUCGCGUGGUCUCUCCUGAAAACACCGUUAUUUUUUAAAAAUUCUAUAAUGGAGACAUAUACAGCAGAAUAUGAAUUUGGUAAUUUACUCUAUAAGAUAGAAGAACGUGAAGAGAUUCACAAUCUAUUAGGAGAUGCAGAAUAUUUUCAACAAUAUAUAACUGAAAAUGCCAUGUCCAUAGAGGUCUCCUUAUUAGACAAUGAAAAGGAAGGGGAGAAACGAAGUGAACAAUUUUCGUGGACACCGCGGACAACCAAGCUGUUGCUGUCUGCCUACAACGACAAAAAGGGUCUCUUUAGAGACCCCAAGAUGAAAAAGAAAAAUUUAUGGGUAGGCAUAAAAAAUGUUUUCCUUGAUCAUGGUUACCAUGUGUCUGAAGAUAUCCUUGACAAGAAAUUCAGAAACAUGAAAAGCCAUUUCAAAGUUGUCAAGGAUAAUGCGAAGAAAAGCAAAAAAGGGCAAGGUAGAGUUUCGUGGGAGUAUUUUGAAGCUGUGGAUGUCAUUUUCGAAGAGGACAAAACUAUAAAUACUGAUGAGGUUAUAUCCUCAAUGAGAAUGGCAGUCACAAGUGAAUUAUCUGAGGAUAAAGAAAAUAUACUCCCAACUACCUCUGUUAAUGCAGACUCACAGCCCGGUACAAGCAGAAGAGAACCACAGCCUGGUACAAGCAAAUCAGAACCACAGCCUGAGCAGAACCAUACACCUGCUGAAGAGACAAGUAUACCAUUAACAGGAAAGUCCUUAGCGCAGUACAGAACUGUGAUGAUGGAUCACGAUGACAGAAGAUUAGCUCUAUUGGAACGCAUCGCACAAACUUUGGAUGAAAUAAAGGAUGUUCAAAUCAAACGAAAUAAUUUAAUGGAGAGGUAUUUAAAUUUGAAAGAAAACAAAAAUUAAUAUAUAUGUAUAUAAUUUAGAUUAAGUUUCAUCUUUGUAUGUUCAGAUUAGGUAUAUAAUAUUUAGAUAUAUAGAUUAGGUAUACAGUGAUGAGCGUGCUAAUAACUGGCAAAAUAGCUUAAAAGAUGGAAAACAUAAUACAUUGCGAAACAAAAAGAGAUGAAAUUAGUGGAGGUGGAAAUUAUCGUUAUAAAUGUAUAAAUUAACAUUACAUUACCUAAUUUACCACCUUUAGUCGUCUGACAUGAGUAUUUUAUAAAAUUCUACUGUCACAGUGACAGUUAUAAUACUCCUCUGAUACGUCUAAAGGUGAGAAACUAUGUAAUGUAAUGUUAAUUUAUAUGUUUAUAAUGAUAAUUUUUACCUUCACUAGUUUCAUCUCUUUUUGUUUCACAAUGUAUUAUGUUUUCCAUCUUUUGAGCUACUUUGCCAGUUAUUAGGGCGCUCAUCACUAUAUAUACGGUAUGGUGCAAAUGAAAGGAAUAAAUUCAUU